UUUUGCAGGAGCUCCAUUGUUAUAAUCUGCAGGCUUCUACAUUGACCGUGGUAAUUAGCAAUUUCUUCUGUGGAUUUUGUUGAAAUUUUACGUUUGGAAAUCUAUAUUAUCAGGUCUAUCUAAAUUAUCUGAGUUCCACAAUGAGUGAUAAGAAGGAUUGGAGACUCUAUUACGAGCCUAUCACAUGAAGAGUUUGUUGGGAUUAUUGUGUAAAGGAUUUCCUGGUGCAACUCAGCCACCACCAACUGGCUAUGUCCCAGCCCCACCCCACCCAGCAGCUGCUUAUGCUGUGCCAGCAGCUUCGCCAUAUGGGAUGUUUCCAGGUCAGGCUCAACUGUACGCUGCUGCCCAAGGCCCUCCCCCAACCUAUGAUCAGGCACUUGCUCACCCAGCUAUAGUUGGACAACAGAUGUAUGGAGCUCCAAGUGCUGCUGCGGCUGCGGCAGCUGCAGCAGCAGCUGCAUCCAUGUACGCCACACAAGGCUACCCGCAGUACCUGGGCUACCCUGCAUCUGCGUACAGCCCCAUGCAGGCAGCUUACUACCCGACUCUAGCCUAUACUACUUAUCCUCAACACCAGUUGAGGCCCACUAUUAUGGUUCCUAAUGGCUAUGAUGGAGGUGCUAGAUUUGAUGGUAUCGCUCAGCCUGUGAUUCCCCCCACUCCUCCUGGUGUUCCUCCCUCCCCUGCACAACUCGCUGCCAUGGCUGGACACAAUGUUGCUUUGACACAGAAGAAGGGGACUUACCUCACGGGCAGUAGUGAUGGAGGGUACACAUUCUGGUAGUGAGCCUGCAUUAAUUUGCUUUCGCUUGCUGCCUGAGUGGUCGUCAGAAGCAUCCACCAAUGCCGCCUAUUCUUGGAUGAGAGAAUAAUAAUAAUAAUAAUAAUAAUAACAACAUAAUAAUAUUGGAGUAAAAAUAAGUUACCUAUAACAUUUCCUCCUUCCUAAUUUUAGCAAUAUUUAUUAUUAUUUCUGUUAAGAGUUAAUUGUUUGUUGGUACUGUUUUUUAAAGAAGGAGGUAAAUUGUAUUUAUAUAUACAUACAUGUUUGCAACUUGUAUGUAUAUAAUAUGUUUUUCAAGAAAAAAUUCUCUAUGGUGGAAAUAAGUCUUCGACAGCAGUCUUUUUGUUCAGAAAACAAAUAUUGUUCUGUGUUAUGUUAUUUUGACAAUGUAAUAAUUGUUAGUUACUUUGUUAUAGUUUUAGUUUGGUUACUCUUAAAUAUUUCAGAUGUUCUAAGUCACAUUUCAGACUGGAUGUUUACCUAAGUUUUUGGUACUAUCUUAAGUUCAAAAAUUUAAUAAGGAAGUAAUAUUUAUCUUAGUUGUCAAUCAUGCUUCCAAAACUUUAAUAACACAUAUUUUCAUUUUAUUUUCUAAAUUUGAUAUUCUCUAAUUCCUGUUCAUUUUAUAAUGAAUUGACAUUGAUGUACAUGUUUUAUUGAUUUCAUUGUAUUUGACUAGACACAAUUCAUUCAUCAAGUUAAUUGAAACUUUGUGAUUCAGUUCUCUGGUAAUUCUCUGUCAUGCUUAUAGUUCCAGUCUGGCAUCAUUCCUAUAUUGGGUUCUUUGUUUGAAUCCAUGUACUGUAAACUAUUAACACUGGAAUUUAUGGAUGUUAACUUUAUUUUGCACCCAUAAAAGAAAUUAAAACCAGGUUCCUAGCUGUAACUAAAAAUCCAACAAGAGAAUACCUCAUAUCUAUGAACAUUCCUAUCAGAUGUAUUAUGUACAUGCUUGUUUGUUAGUGCUUGAUAUUCGCUCUGUCUUCUUAAAAUAUUGUCUCGAGAUUCUGAAAAAUCGUAAGUGUUAUGUAAGUAGUAAGAACUGAAAAUACAUUAUUGUGAAAAAUAACAGUAAGUUUAAGAAUUUUUGUUAACAAAAAGCUACUUUUUUUAAAAAACUUAUGUUAUUUAGUUAAAAAAUUACAAGUAUUUUUUGUAUUGAGAAGCUAUUAAAAAUGUACUUCAAUAUUACAGAUUACACUGCACCAAUGGAGACUGAUGCAUUCACUGCAGUCAAAGUUGCGUUUUGUUGCAACGAGCUCACUAAACAACAGCAACAGAUUGCAAUAUCAAAUAAAUAGUUUCACUAUCCUGAACUAUAAACAUUAAUAUUGUUUACACUUUACAAAUCAAAUAUAAAUUAGUUGUUUCCAUGCCAUAAGCUAUUAUGUAAUAUCAUAUAAGUAUUUGUAAUGGGAAUUACCAGGAAACUGUGAAACUUUUACAUCUCAAAUGUAUCUUGAUAUUGUAAAUCUACACUUGUCAUUUGGUUUGGCUUGACCCAGAAAAUUAUGAACCCUCAUGUUUUAAUGAAUUACAAUAAGUGUGUUUAAUUUCAUUACCGUUUGAUGAUGUAGCAGUUAAUAUAUGUGCUAAAUAAAUCUGUAAUUAAAUAAGUUCAAGCAUAGAUCAACUUUCUAGAUCAAGUUUUUGAAACAUAAUUAGUGGUAAAUCAAUACAAAACAGACGUGGCACAAUUGAUCAUUUAGAUGAAUCAGCAUAAAUUGUUGCAUAGAAUUUAAAAAUCAUCUGACUGUUUGAAAUGAUUUCAUCUAUUGACAUAAAAAGAGAUGUAAGUCUAUUAUAUAUGCACAAAGACUAUAUUAAACUGUUUAUAUUCCAA